CCCCCUUCACCUUGGCUGUUUUUUCAAGAACAAUAGAACGAUUUGAUUUUCUCAUCAUCAGCCAAGAUGACUCUAGUACGAUCGUAUCAAUUUCAGUACCAGCCCCUAUGCAGUGAGCCGCCACCGCCGUAUACACCAUCCCAAACCCCCUCAUACACCCCACAGCCACCACCUCCCGGCAAGCACCACCACACACUCGCAACCUCAAUUCCCCCCUUCUUGUCCUGUGAACAGACACCCCCACAUCUGUUCCGCUCGAGCAUCUCCAGAUACGGCCGUUACCUCACCACCCUUCGCCAUAGCGUCAACAGCACCACCUACCUUUACCGCCUCUGUCCACGCUCACCAGCCAACAGCAAACCCAGGAUCUACGCCGUCAAGAUCAUUCCCUCAUCCUCUCAGCCCCUUCCCUCUACUCAGUCGUUCAAGAACAACGCAAUAAACAGCACUACCAUCAAUCACCCCAACAUCCUCCUCCCAUUCCUACCUGCAAUCAUCGACGAUGCGGGCAAUCACCACCUGAUCACCCCCUACUGCACAGGAGGUACUCUCCAUGAGCUGGUCGCAACCACAAUGCAGCUCCCUCCUGCAGAAGCAAAUUGCUUCUUCAAACAACUCCUCCGAGGGGUCGCGUAUCUUCACAACCACCCAAGCCUCCAAUCUUACCUCGAACAAACUCACAACGCACCCCCAUGGACGAGCUUAACUCUCAACCCGCAGGACAUCCUCCUAGCCGGAGAAGGAACCGUGCGAAUCAAAGUCUGUACUACAACCCCUCACUUCCACGCAGCGAGCAGCAGUCCAUACUAUGCGCCAGAGGUAUACCGCGUCCCCAACGACAACACCAAUAUCAACGAAAACAACCCCAAAGCCCUCGACGCCUGGGCCCUGGGCAUGAUCUACCUAUUCAUGCGCACGGGCCGUCCAGCCUGGACCGUGGCCCAGGCGGAGGAGGAUCGGAUUUAUGCCCGGUAUGCAAGGGAAAGAGCGCAGGAGGGGGGCUUUGCCUUGAUCGAGGAUUUGGGGCCUGAACCAUGUCGAAACGUUAUCUACGCCAUGUUAGAUCCCAGGCCCCUUCGUCGGCUGACGGUUCAUCAAGCCUCGCGGUCAGAGUGGAUAUACGGAGUUGCAAUCUGUGAAGCAGGUGAAGAGGGCGACGUGUUCCGAGACGAUGGUCAGUGUAAGAAGAGGGAGGGGGAAGGCAUUUUACAGUACUAGCUGAAGUUAUAUUCCGUAGUAACCCAUAGUUCUUGUUGAUCGUUCCGUAAACCAAGCCACCGAGUCAGAAAGCGAUCACGUACAAGCCUGCCUACCUACUACAUGACAUGCGAAUGCCGCACAGUACGAUAAACCCCCACGAAGCUCCUGACCAUCCCCAUAUGUUAAGUCAACCUCACAAACCUCCCCAGAGCACAAACACACACACACACAUAUUCUUUCUCUGUCUACCCCCGACACACCAAAACCCCCAACCUCCUCAUCAGACCUAUCUCUUCCUUCGGGAUUUGAACCAGUCCCAAAAUUCUCAUCCCCCCUCCCCUC